AUGGGCCAAGUGACACAGUCCAUGUCCGAAUUCCUUCCCAACUUCCAACCACACAACCAUGUUCACGGCGAGCAUUAUCUCGAGACACGAGGACCAUUUCCCACGCAAGGGACAACACUCAACACCACAGCUCAAAUUAUAGAUAUCGUUGACCGCCGUUCUGGCGUUACAGUCUGCGUUGGUCUCACAACCAGCGACGCCGCGACAGGAAGAGACAUCUGCUACAACGAAUGGACGUCCUUCGUUAUGAAAGUCCCCGGAGCAGGCGCAGCUGCCAAAGCUCUUCCACGAGGCAACAGGACUGCAUCGUAUCCCGCACCUUCGCGAGCUCCGGACGCAAUACGAGAGUUCAAGACCUCAGCUGAGCAAAGUGCAUUAUAUCGCGCAGCAUCAGGGGAUCUCAAUCCUUUACAUAUCGAUCCCGCAGUCGCAAAGGCAGGAGGUUUUCCUGGUCCGAUUUUGACGGGAACGUGUACGAUUGGGAUGGGAGUCAAAGCUGUGAUGGAUGCGUUUGCCGAUGGGAGCGAGAAGAGGUUCCGGAGUGUGAAGUUGAGGUUGACUAAGCCUGUUUUUCCUGGUGAGGUGGUGAGGACGGAGAUGUGGAGGGAGGAUGGGGGAAAGAGGGUUGUGUAUAGGCAGGUUGCUGGGGAGGAGGGGAGGGUUGUUAUUAAUAAUGCCGCGGUGGACUUGGGUGAGGUAGUUGAGAGGUCGAGGCUCUCGUAA